CUACCCUUCCCUCUCAACUCUUCUGUUCUCUCUCUCUCUCUCUCAAAUCACCCUUCUCUGUAAACACUGGUUCCUUUUUUCUUGAUCUAUCCAAAGCAAAUCGUCAUCAUCAUCAUCAUCGGCCAUGGCUGAGGUGACCCAGAAGCCGGCAGCACCUGCAGCGGAGGCUCCUUCUAGUGAGGAAGUGGUAGUGGAGAAGCCCGUUACUGAGAAGGAUCCUCCAGCUACUCUUGAAUCAGAACCUCAGGCACCGGGAAAGCCUGCACCUGUGGUUGAAGAGGAGGUCGUCGCUGUUGAAGCUGAGAAACCUAAGGAAACUGGGGAAGUGAAAAUUGCCCAAUCCGUUUCUUUUAAGGAAGAGACUAAUGUUGUUGGGGAACUCCCUGAGUCUCAAAAGAAAGCCCUUGAUGAGUUAAAACAGCUCAUCCAAGAAGCACUUAAUAAACAUGAGUUCACUACCCCGCCCCCGCCACCUGUGAAAGAGGAGGAGAAGCCGGCUGAGCCCGAGAAAACUGAGGAGAAGGUGGAGGAGAAAGUUGAAGUGAAGGAGGAGGAAAAGGUUGAAGUCAAGGAGAAACAGAAAACUCCAGAUGCUCCUUCUACUAGUGAAGAGCCCAAAACUGAAGAACCUAAAACCACCGAGGCUGAGACUGUAACUCCACCACCCCCACCGCCAGUGGAAGUGAAAGAGGAAGAGAAGGUUGAAGUGAAAGAAGAGGAGAAGGUGGAAGUGAAGGAAGAAAAGAAGGGUGAACCACCGGCAGAAGCUGUUGUGGUCGCUGAAGUAGUGGUGGCGAAGGUGACUACUGUAGAUGAGGAUGGAGCCAAGACAGUAGAGGCAAUUGAGGAGACCGUAGUAGCGGUUUCUUCGACUCCUCCUGCUGCAGAGGAGCCAGCCCCUGCUAAAGAAGUCGACGCAGCUCCAACAGAGGAAACCAAAACAGAGGAAACUCCUGCUCCUCCACCACCACCGGAGGAAGUUUUCAUCUGGGGAAUUCCACUAGUUGGAGAUGAGAAGAGCGAUGUGAUCCUCUUGAAAUUCCUGAGAGCCAGGGAUUUCAAGGUGAAGGAUGCCUUCAUUAUGAUCAAGAACACAGUGCGCUGGAGAAAGGAGUUUGGAAUUGAUGCUCUGCUUGAAGAAGACCUUGGAAAUGAAUUGGAAAAGGCUGUGUUUAUGCACGGAUUUGACAAAGAAGGUCAUCCUGUGUGCUAUAAUGUUUUUGGUGCUUUUCAGGACAAGGAGCUGUAUCAGAAUUGCUUUGCUAAUGAGGAGAAGCGUGUGAAAUUUCUGCAGUGGAGGAUUCAGUUCUUGGAGAGGAGCAUUAGGAAGCUUGAUUUCAGUCCCAAUGGUAUCUGCACUAUUGUCCAGGUCAACGAUCUCAAGAAUUCUCCGGGGCCUGCUAAGAGGGAGCUUAGGCAGGCCACCAAUCAAGCCGUUGCUUUGCUUCAAGAUAACUAUCCUGAAUUUGUUGCGAAACAGGUCUUCAUCAACGUUCCAUGGUGGUACCUUGCUUUCAAUAGGAUGAUUAGUCCUUUCCUGACACAGAGGACCAAGAGCAAGUUUGUUUUCGCUGGUCCAUCCAAAUCUGCUGAGACCCUUUUCAGAUACAUAGCUCCUGAACAAGUGCCAGUUCAGUAUGGUGGACUAAGCAGGGAAGGUGAACAGGAAUUCACCGUUGCUGAUUCUGCCACAGAGGUUAUAAUUAAGCCAACCACCAAACAUACCGUUGAAUUCUCAUUUUCUGAGAGGUGCCUUCUGGUUUGGGAACUCCGAGUAGUGGGUUGGGAUGUGAGCUAUGGAGCUGAGUUCGUGCCUAGUGCAGAGGAUGGUUACACUGUUAUUGUAUCAAAAACCAGGAAGGUUAGCCCAACUGAUGAGCCUAUAAUCUGUGACUCCUUCAAGAUUAGUGAAUCCGGGAAGGUAGUACUCACUAUUGAUAACCAAACCUCCAAGAAGAAGAAGCUCCUCUAUAGGUCCAAGACUAAACCCCUGUCUGAUUGAGCUUCAACAAUCCAAUGCCAUUGUGGGGUUUCAAUUUCGAAUCAAUUAGAAGACAUGAAAUGGAGUUGCAGAAAUAAGAAAUCUUUUGUCAUUUAAAACAGGUUUUUUUUUUUUAAUCUUCUUUUAAAGUUAAUUUUUGUUCUAGAGUCUGGGGCAUUUAUUUAUAUUUUUUAUUAGUUUUGUUGGGGGGAUUUUGUUAGUUGGUGUUGGAUUUGAUACUUAUUACUGAUAAAAAAACAAUCUGGGUUUGGGUUGGAUAGACACACUUGAGGUUUUAUGUAUUGUGGAAUAUAAAUGUUUGCAGUCUCCAAUGUGGACAGUAUCUCUGUUAUCAUUCUUGAUACUCUUGCCUGUAAAAUUUGUGUAAAUUUGAUGUGGAAAACUUCUCUUCUAUUUGAUCAUCCGUUGCAGAUUAA